UAGUUUCCGUUCUUUCUUGGCAUUGAGUGCGCAAGCGCAGUGAUUCAACAACGCGCAGUCGACAAUACACGCCAGUUAUAGGACAUCAAAACAUCAGACAUGGCUGAAGAAAGCAGCAACGAAUACACGCCUCUUGACUUAAGCAUCAAGGGCAAAGCAACAACAAGUACAAGCCGUGACGGUACCCAGGACGCUUCAACUACAUUGGGCGCCUACAGAACGAUUUCCGACGACGCCUUGCGCUACCCGGGGAACACGCAGCACACGCCCACUACGGACGAGACUUGCAACGUCGACGGUGCCACUGAAAAUGGGAGCACAAGUUACCAGCACCUGGGGUUCAUCGGCAACAUCGAUAACGCAAGGCCCAGCACAAGCCGCACUGGCAUGGAGGAAGCAUCAGCCAGUUUUGAAGACGGCGCCACAAAUGCUACUGAAACCGGAGGAAGAGAACAGCAACUAUCCUGCGGUGCCAGCAGGAAGGUUUCCAGCAGGCGGGACGCCUCACACGGCCAACCCAACGAACGUACGGGAGGCACAGCGCCCAUGUUCAGAGCACGCGAUUGAUCGCCUGUCGAGAAGUCGAACCACAAAUGCGAAACAUGUGGUAAAUUGCUAAUGAGUGCUGAUAAUCUAACUGCACAUUACCGCACGCAUUCAGGAGAGAGACCCUACAAAUGCGUAAUAUGUCAUAAAUCGUUCACGCACAGAGGCAGUUUCCAUGCGCAUCAACUGAUUCACACAGGAUUGAAACCGCAUAUCUGCCAAAAUUGUAAUAAACCGUUCAAAAGCAAAGCGGCACUUAAAGUUCAUCUUAUAUCACACAGUAACGACAGACCUUUGAUUUGCGACAUAUGUAAUCGUUCCUUUAAGUACAACUCAACUUUGAGAAAACACCGCAAAACAUUUCACGAGGGUAAAUAGCCGUACGGGUCCUAGCAGUGUGGAUUUCGGUUCGCAAUGAAAGAAAACCUCGACGCACAUCUCUGCAAGAAUAUAUGGUGCGAAUUGUGUGGAGAUUCGUUUAGAGAUACAGCUCAACUGGUUCCAGGUCACGUGACGCAUACAGGUGGGCAGUCGUAACAGUGUGACUAGUGCACAAGGGAAGUAGAUCGCCCACGUGUUUCGCAUAGGAACGUUACCGUGAAGCCAUGCAGGAAAAUAACGCUGACAUUCUCCCACACUGACGAGAAACUAACCGAGCGCAUCGUGUCGAGAGGGGCUUCUUUUGACGUUCAAAAGUGCAGAGUGAAAUGCAAGACGUAAACAAUGCCACUAGAUUUUUCUAAAUUACGUGACAAAAUGUCGUCUCCACCAGAAUUUGGCAUGAUUCCAUGUCGAUGUAUACGACAGAUCCUGGGUAGAGCUCACUGUUUGCAAAACUAUGUUGAUCACCAACGUAGCUUUAGCAAACUCGUUUCUAGACAAACCAUAAUGGGCUGCAGCUUUGUGUUUGCGUAACUAGAAGGUUGAAUGUUCGCACAGGACCCUUGAAACCUCGUGUAGUUUUGUGCAAGCGUUUUUACAGUGUACUAGUAAUCAAGGUUUAGCUAACCGUGCUUUGAGGAUUCUGCAGUGUGAAUAGAAGGGAGUACUUCACAUGGGGAACCCAUUAAAAGAGGAGGCACUGCGUUCUUGUCAACUAAAAACUAAUAUCUAAUAAUUGAGGCCCUUCGGCCUUGCUGCCUUUCUGGGACAGCUUUUACAAUAUAUGGACACAGCCAUGGGAAAAUUUCUUUCGCUUACAAAUUAUUCAAUGCGCGUGAUGUUUUGGUUCUCUCUUUGGCUCUUGCAUUCUUACCGAAAAUUUUUAUUCUUUAUCAUACUGCUGACAAAUCGGAGACUUUAUUCGGCUCAAAUCAUUUAGAACCUAACUAUACAUCUUCUUCCAGAGUCAAUAUUUAAAGUAUUGUGGUGUUGAGGUGUAACCUCCGUCAGUUUUCAAGUGCAGUUUCUUAUUCACUCGGAAGUCGCCUCUUUUGACUUGCCCUGCGCUAUAACUACCGCAGUGGAAUUUUUUAGCCUGAUCUGACAAACGCGUCUCUGCGAGCAAUGAUAGGACAACUCAGAUACAGUUAUUAGUUAUUAUUAUUGACCCUCGUACUUCUAUACCUUUUUCCAAUGUACGCGUCUCACCGAAUAACAAAGGUUAAGUUACAGCUCAGGGCGUGAGAUACCAGCAUGUGUCAGAACAUUCUGCAAUAGUGGAACGUCUGGUAAUCAAAUUGCACGCGUAAGGCGAAUACAGUUGUGCAUUCUAGAAGACACGCGAGCGCCAAUGAUAAGGCUGGAAUCUAUUACGAAAAAAAGUGAGAAUAGCCGAUACUCGUUAAUCGCAAAUCAUUUGUUCAAUGAUCACUUCAUGUGCCCGGCAAUAUCGUUCUGCCCGACUGUAACUUGUUUUGUUGAUUCAGAGGU